UACAAAGCAAAGCUGUCUGUCGCAGAUAUUACAGCAUUUUUCUUUUAAAUCAAUCUUCAUUUUCUUGUGCUAAAAUGUGAAAUAAACUUUACAUGAAAGUUUGAAUUAUCCUUCCAUAUAAAUAAUUUGAGAUAUUUUGAAUAAAUAGUGUUGUGAUGAGUGUUCCAAGUUAUUUUGAUCAUUCCUUGCACUAUAUUUUUGAGUGAUAAGGCUGUAAAAUGGCAAAGAAGUCUGAGAACACCGGUGGGAAGCUGAUCACUGUAUCUGUAGUUGGACUUUCUGGCACGGAGAAAGAAAAGGGGCAGCUGGGAGUGGGCAAGUCGUGUCUCUGCAACAGAUUCGUCCGCACCCACGCCGACGAUUACAACGUUGACCACAUUUCCGUGCUCAGUCAGUCCGAUUUCAGCGGUCGUGUGGUCAACAAUGACCACUUUUUAUACUGGGGCAGCGUCCAAAAAGAUAAUGAAGAACAAGAGUAUAGAUUCGAGAUCGUCGAGCAAACGGAGUUUGUUGACGAUGCCUGCUUUCAGCCGUUUAAAGUCGGCAAAACGGAGGCUUAUGUCAAACGAUGUGUGGCCACGAAACUGCAAUCAGCAGAAAAACUCAUGUACGUCUGCAAGAACCAGCUCGGCAUUGAGAAGGAAUACGAACAACGGACUAUACCGGAUGGGAAGCUGUCCGUAGACGGAUUUCUGUGCGUCUAUGAUGUCAGCCUCGUGCCGGGCCGGAGCUGGGAGAAGCAGAACGAAAGCCUAGCCACAAUUCUACAAAACAUCAUCAAACUGAAGAAACCCGUUGUCCUGGUCACCUCAAAGAACGACGAGGCCUGCGAGCAAGGCGUCCGAGAGGCCGAAAGACUGGUUCAACGAAAGGAGUUCAAAGGAUGCAUACCUAUUGUCGAGACCUCAAGUCAUGACAAUGUUAAUGUGGAUCAAGCUUUCUUCCUACUGGCUCAGAUGGUUGACAAAUGCAAGGCGAGGAUCAAGGUGGCCAACUAUGCCGAGGCCCUGCGGAUAAGGAGAGAGACCUUGGACUUCGUGACGGAGGCUUUCACGCAACUCAUCAGGAUACACGUCCAGGACCAUAAAGAGAUGUGGUCCGCAGUCAGUAAGAGAUUGUGCCAUCAUCCAGAGUGGGUGAAAUUUGUGCAGCAGUUUGGAAACGACGGCACCCAGGUGGUUUUCCGUCGCCAUGUUCGAAGGCUGAAGGAAGAGAAGUCGGCCAAGAAGCUUCGCAAACAACUGGCCAAGCUUCCCCAAGUGCUGGCGCGAAUGCAACUUCCCACUGAAGAGUUGAAUGAGAAUGACUGGCCGAUGGUGGUCCGGCAGCUGCGCUCUCAUAGAGAUUUCUCCGUAUACUUCAGCGGAGCCCGAUGCACGGAGUCGGGCUCCGAGUCUGGCUCUGAUGAUCUGCAGCAUCAAGACACCCUGCCGGUCGGCGAGCGUGCUAACAGAUAUCAGACUUUGGGACAGUCUCAGAAGAUUCCCUACGAGAUUCUGGAGACGAACGAGGCAGCUUCCGUUUUCAAGACUUUCUUACAUGAGGCUCAAGAGGAACAGAGGAAUUACGAAUGGUGCCAACAAUUCAAGCGGCUUCUCGAAGAAACCGGCUACGUGACCCCCGGCAAGCAGCUAUCCGAAGUGCGAGUCCUACUAAUGGGCAGAGAGUGUUACGAGGCUUUAUCGGAGGAGCAGCAACAGCGAGUAUACGACCAGCACCAGAGGCAUAUACAGCAGCGGGCUAAACAUAACUUGCAGGAGCUCCUGUUAGAGCAUGCUGACCUGUUCUACCACUUCAAGAGCAUCUCGCCGACGGGCACCAUCACUCAAGAGGAUAUCAAGGAGAUCACUGAUGUUUUGCAAGACGACUUCAGAUAUAAAAUGCUGGACCGCAUGGAGCAGGAUCGCAAGCUAAUGCUAUUUCAACAUCUGGGCUUCGUGCACUGCCCGAUGCGGGAACAUUGUCCGGCCGGACCUAACUGCCUAGAUGCCACAUUACCCGUCAUACUGAAUACCAGAGUCGGGUCAUUAACGUCGACGGGCGAGUCGCAGUGCCACGCGGGGCCGCCGGCGGCGCCCUGGGCUCUCACGACGGACUCCAACCAGAUCAACGUCAUUAUAUUGGGCGUGGAAGGGGUAGCAGGAGAGUUCGGCAAGCGUCUGCUGGCCGGCUGCGACUCUGACAAGCGGGUGUCCGUACAAAAUCAGUUGUGGCGCGUCGAGCAACGGGUCCGGACUGACGACUUUAGCGCGGAAACUACUAAUAUUGAUGACUUCACGCCUAAUGGUUACUUCUGCGUGUAUCAAGACCAGGAAUCCUUCGAGUAUAUUCGCGGCUGCGCCGAAAAAACGCUUCUUUCGAGUCUAGAGCAGGAAGACAAACUACCUUUCCAAGGUUUACCGCUCGUAGUAAUGUUCGUUCAAGACGAAGGAAUGGACAAAAAGGAGAUUAUGAGGCUACAGGAGGAGGGACAGAAUCUUGCUGAUAACCUUCACUGCUCGUAUAUGGAGGCGGCAGUGAACGAGUUAGGCACCGAAGCCCUAACGUCCGACGCCAUACAAGAGCUAGUCCGCGCCAACAGAGAGAAAGCUAGCUACGCCCAUCUUUAUAGAGACCUUAUUGUGUGCUUUGACUCCGAUAUACGGAUAAUGGUGUGUAUGUUCUGUGACGACCCUUACUCGCCUGAGCGUGUACUAAGUCCGCUUCUACUGCACCGAGCCUGCUUCCUGACCGGAGACCGAUCCAUAGUCAUAGAAACCUUCUUGGGAGACUCUAAGAGGAAAGUUGAGGUUAUAAUUUCGAGUUUUCACGGAGCGACGCAGUUUAGAGAGGAGUUGAUACACGGGUUUAUAUUGAUCUAUUCGGCCAAGAGAAAAGCUAGCUUAGCGACAUUGAACGCCUUUUCAAUGAACAUACCAAACCUACCAAUACAAAUGGUAGCAGUAACGGACGGUGGAGGUUCCGCGGCCAACGCGUUUUUCGGUACUGAUCUCGGCCACGCGCUUAUUACGGAAGGCAACGCUACUGCGGACCGGCUCGCAGCUCACUUCACUACGUACACUAGCAGUGCUGAGAAUAAAUCUGCGUUCUACACGCCGUUCUUCAAAGAAGUGUGGGAGAAGAAAGGGGAAAUCGAGCGCGCAUUCCGCAUGGAACAACCUCACAACCUGCCCGACGUCGCCACAGCCCGCCCUGCGACGUCGCAGCAUCGUCAAGCCGGCUAUCACAGAUCGAGCGCGCGUUCCGCAUGGAACAACCUCACAACCUGCCCGACGUCGCCACAGCCCGCCCUGCGACGUCGCAGCAUCGUCAAGCCGGCUAUCACAGGUAUGCUCGCUGUACAUGUCUAUCAUCACAGACUACACAGACACCGCAUUAUAGAUCGAGCUCGCGUUCCGUAUGGAACAACCUCACAACCUGCCCGACGUCGCCACAGCCCGCCCUGCGACGUCGCAGCAUCGUCCAGCCGGCUAUCACAGAUCGAGCGCGCGUUCCGCAUGGAACAACCUCACAACCUGCCCGACGUCGCCACAGCCCGCCCUGCGACGUCGCAGCAUCGUCAAGCCGGCUAUCACAGGAUGGAUCAUAAGCUGACCAACUCGCUGGACCUUCUGAUUGGUCCGGACUCGCGCGCCGAUAUCGACUCUGAAUACAGCGAUACACUCAACAACUCCAAGAACAGAGGCUUUCUAAAAGGAUUCAGCGUCUACCCGCCGCCGAGCACGCCACCGGAGCCGGCGCCGCCAGACCACAGAAUUCACGCCGAUCUAUCACCCGAUCUCAACUGUUCCGAGGAUUCGCUGAGCACACACGAGUCAGAUGGCGGUGGAGUGUGGCAGCCGGCCAGCUACGGGCACCGCGCCUUCACCACGGGCCGCGCGCGCCCGCACCCGCCGCCGCCGCGGCAGCGGCACUCGCAGACGCUCAAGCAACCCGGUAAACUGGACAUGAACAACUAUGCGAUGGUCAGCGAUGCCCUACAGCAAAUCACCAUAGGGCCGCCACAUCCCAGAGAGAGAAAGUCGCAGCGGUCAGGCUGGUCGCAUUCGGGCGGUCAGCCUGGCGGUCACCACCACCAUCCGUCGGGAGUGAGCUCUGAGACGGAGUUAGACGCACAAUACGCACAGAUAAAAGAAACAAAUGAGUAUAUGGAGGCGCCAUCUAUGAUGAGACUAAGAAGACAUCGGAGGCACGAGAAAACACCUAUGCAUCAGCCUUCAUUCUCAGAAACUGACAGCUCCGGAUCCAGCGAAGCCUCCGGCGGCGUCGCGCGCGCACACGCGCGUAGACGCACGCAGCACCACGCGCCUAGGCACUACAAGAAACGAUCUCUAGGCAACCUAGUGGCUGUUCAGAGCCCUAGGGUACCUAAACUGGGAAUGUUUGUGGGGCCGCCGGAGUUGCCUACGAGUUAUAGGGCGAGAACUCAGGAGGAUAAAGCGGCGAGCUCGUCGAGCUCCGGCAGCUCGGACGGCGGCGGCGGGGGCGGGGGCGGCGCGGGCGGGGAGGCGCGGCGCCGCGAGCCGCGCCCGCUGCCGCCGCCACCCCCGCACCCGCACCCGCCGCACCUCGAGCCCCAGCUCAAGAUGCUAGCGGGCGAGUAUCCGUCAUCGGCACAGGACAACUCGUCAUCUAGCGCGCCCGACACCAGGAGAAGGCACCAUCCCUUCAGCAAGCAUGAUCGCAGGCAUAAGGAACCCUCGAAAAGCAAAGACUCAAAGAAGAACUCAUCACAAAUGGCGAGUACGGCCUCAGCGGCGAACUGGGGACCUCAGGGAGCGCAUGGGGUUCCUCUUUUCGUGGAGAAAUGCGUGCAGUUCAUCGAGAGAGAAGGGCUCGCGUCCGAAGGCCUGUACCGGGUGCCUGGUAACAGGGCCCAUGUUGAUAUGCUCUUCAGCAAGUUCAACGAAGAUCCCAACGUUGACCUGGAUUCUCUAGACAUCCCGGUGAAUGCUGUAGCGACUGCGUUGAAGGACUUCUUCUCGAAGAAGUUACCGCCGCUACUAGACGAGGCUAGCAUGGAGCAAUUAGAGGAUAUAGCGGCAAUGCGCGGCUGCAUCGCGGGUGGAGUGGAGCUCAAAGACCGCAGCUGGCGACUUCUGGCGCUGCGUUCGCUGCUUAAUAACAGCCUCACGUGCGUCGCGCGCGCCACCCUCGACUACGUGCUCGACCACUUCGCCAGGGUGGCGGACAACUCCAAGCUAAACUCCAUGGACAGCAAGAACCUCGCCAUCUGCUGGUGGCCCACGUUGCUCCCGGUCCAGUUUUCCGACAUGGGCCGCUUCGAGAUGACGCGGCCCUACCUCGAGGACAUCGUGCAGACCAUGAUCGACCAGCACCCCUUCCUGUUUCGCGGGCAAGAGGCCUUCGUCAUGGUGUGAGACACGCCUGAACCCACAAUGCAGGUUGCAUUCGUGUUGGAAGGCGUGUGACGCGGUUGUACGAACGUAUCCACGUUCCCAGUGAGUUAUAUACGCUAGCGUAAGUUCCGCUAUUUAUGUACGCAAUAUUAGCCUUUAUCCGUUACGACUUUAGGUCUACAAUACGCAUACAGCAUUGAGACCUGGGGGCCUACUGCGAACACCUACCAGAAGUUGCCCGCAAUUUGCGAACUUUGGUAUUCGCGGUAGGCCCGGUUUCGGCACCAUGAACUCAACUUUAUGUAUGAGGACUUAAAACUGUUUUUUGAUUGGUCAUGAACGGUGAAGCUUUGGGUGCUAGUAUGUUAGAUUUAUACCAUAACAGCUGUCACUUUCUAACUUGUGCGGUAUGAAUGAGAUGGUUUUAACCACAUACUGGCACUUCUAGUGUAUUGUUCCUUUUUCAUUGGUAAGGUAAGGAAAGCAUUAUAAAGUCUGAAAAUUAAUUGUAUGGAAGAAAGAUGAUACAUCAGAUUUUAUACAUUAUUAUAGUUUGUUUUGUAUGUCUGUCGAUAUUUCAACUUUUAUUUUCGAAUAUGAUCAACCGUUUUCAUAUCAAUAUGCUUAGUAAUUAAAAGCGGGAAUGCUUGCAUAUUUCAGUUAUACGAAAUAACGAUAGACGGAAUUUCUUUCGCAUUUGUUUUUAAUCAAAAUCGAAUCAGUAUUUUAACUAGGUGUUAUUCAAAUUAUAUCGCAAUUUAUAAUAGCGUUAAGGUUGAAAUUCAUGCACAAACUAUUUAAUGGAAAACAAGUUUUCUAAGCGUAAUGAUAAAGCAAUUGCAACACCAUGAAAAGCCGCGGUUUUUGAACGAAACGCAAAACGGUGCCACUGAAAAAAAAAGUUUAUUAUCUAUGGUACACCUUGAAUUUUGCGUUUCGUUCAACGCGCCGCACAUUAAUGAGCACAUUCCGUUCAGUCGUAUAAAGUAAAAUAAGUAAUUGUUAAUUAUAAAUAUUUUUAGAUAGUGAUAUUCGCGUAAUCGUUGUUUUUAAUCGAUAUCAUAGGGAUCGGUGUUGAAGUGCUUGCGAAGUUUUUAAAUGUUUUUUUUAAGAAGUCAGUUCAGACAUGUCAUUCGUAUUUUUUUUUAAUUUUGGUGUAAUAUACCUAAACAACGGCGUAUUUUAAUAUUUUUGCUGAAUUGCCUAAAUCACUUGGGUACCUUGCCUACCUUUCUCAACUAGUUACUGUUAAUGGGUUUGUGUUUGAUUUUGAUCCCACACACACAUUUUUUUCCAGUAAUAAAUAAUAAGGUUGACUGGUAGAGAAUGCCGUGUAGCAUUAAGUCCGCCUUUUGUCUCUGUAUAUUUUUUACUGUGCAAUAAAUAAAUAAAUAUUUGGCCAAUUGUGUAUGAAGUAUGUAGUUUUUUGUUCUAGUCGUUGGCAGCUCCUCGCUAAAAUAAGGACGCUCUGCACGAAUAAUUGCGUACAUUGAACCGCCAUUCCUUAUCUCUAUCGCACGCGCAUAAUUAUAUCGCUGUGCCGCUCGCACAGUGGUAUUGACCGCCGGUAUCAUCGGCAGGACAGCAAUACAAUAGGGUAUUUGACUGUAUUUAAAAUAAAUUAUUUUACACCAUGCAAUCAUGCAUGAAAUAAAGUACCAGAAGAUUUAUAGAGAAACGUAGACAGCAGCUAUUUUUAGUGUUCCGUACAAAACUUUGUUUACGGGACACUUAUGGGAUCACUUCGGUCUUGCAAAUCAGUUUUUAACACAAUCUCUAUUUUAAAACUCGUAUAAAUGUAUAAAGAGUAGUGUUGGCACGUGGGCGUAGGACGGAGGAUCUUGAGGGAGUCGGAGACAAACCAGCGUGUGCUUCUUAUGGUGUAUAUUCGAAAAGUGGGAUGAGUACAUCACAAAUUAACUAGCCUAAAAUAAUUAAAACUAAUUACAGCGCCACCUAUGCACUUUGUCGGGAACUAAGUAGGUACGUUAUAUAGAUCAUUAAGCCAUCUAGUGAUUCUAGACUUCGAUAAAGUACGUAAGAGGUGAGAUAGAUGGCGCUGUUAAAUAUACAAUUUAACAAGUAGGUAAUUGUGACGUAACAUGCUAGUGUUUCAUAUAAAUUCCAUAGUAGCAAAAUCGUUUUGACAAUUUUGGAAAAAAGAAACUGAUUUGACUAGUAGUCAAAUACCCUAUUAUGCGCGUGCGAUAGAGAUAGGCAAUAGCGGGUCAAUGUACGAUAUUCUUCGUUCUUAGUGUCCUUACUUUACGUUGAGUUUCCUUAUUCCCCCCUCGCCCUCUAUUUAACUUCGCAAUUCAUUAUUAUAUAUUUCUUUAUAUAAUAUGUCAAUUACUUUUUCUGCCAUGUCUGAACGGCUCAAAGGACAUUUUCCGUCCUUUUCACCCAUGACAAACAGUUAUGAAAUAUGUAGAUACACGCUAGAUAGGUUCGUGUCACACAUAAAAACAUUGCUUCAUUUUUUUUUAAACCUCGCAACCUGUCCUUUUAUUAAAUCUUCCGACUGUCACUUUUUUUAAGUGACUUUACAGUGCCAUUUAUUUCAACAAUCUUGUAGUUUUUUUUAUAAGUUUAUGAAAAAAUGUUCAAUAAAGUGGUCCCACUUUUUUAACACUCAUCGCAGUUCGUUAAAAUUUGCUUGUAUGAAAAAGUUAGACUUUUCUCUUUUAGAUAACAGCUGCCGCCGCCAUAUUUUAACGUUAAUCAGUUCGUUGUACAGUCAGUAGCAGAAGUUGCUAAGCGGGCGAGGUGUUCAAAAUUACCUUGACACGCUCUUACUCUCUUAACAAUAAAGUCGCGUCAAGAUAAUUUUGAACAGCUGGCCCGCUUAGCAACUUCUGCUGACGACUGUACGAUCAUGGAAUUUAAUUUCAGUACCAAUUCGUACCUUGUCACAGUGAAAAUAGUAUGAGGUCCCUAUUAUUGAUUGUCACUGUGACUAUGGUCGCACCAAUAAAAGUCUGCAGCGGAUUUGAUAGCCUACGAAGUGUAAGUGUUAUGUAUACAUCAUAAUUUCAUACAAGUUUGACGUUUGAAAUGACACUUGCACUGCGUGGGCUAUCAAAAUCGCUGCAGACUAUUUACGGUCUGACUCUAGUUACGAAAUGGUAUGGAUUUUUUUUGACUGUACGUUUGUUGAUUUUGAAUGGCGUAAGGGCGCAACCUGCCGGGCCUCGUAUCUACCACAAUCAAACUUAUAAAAAAGUCAAGUGAACACAUAAUACUCAUAAAAUAAAAGGAAAAGUUAACCUUUUUUUUUUAAGGUAACCCACCUUUUUUGUUUGAUUUUUUUACAUCUAACAGUAGUUGUCUUUAAAAAUCACUUUCCGAUCGGCAGCUUACCUUAAAAUAUUCCUAGACUGACUUUUAAUUCCAUUUUUUUAAUCCAUGUACGGUUAGUGUAUGCAAAUGUAUAGCUGAUGGCCUACGUUGUAUUUAAGUGUUUAAUAUAGACUGACACUGAAUGUGCUUCUGUCCGCGCGGUAUUGCCUUCACUGCAAUAUGGACGCAAUAUCGCCUCGAGUUAAAUAUAUAAGGACUUUAGGGCCUGUGCACACCGGCUGCGUGUGCGCAGACGUGCACGUGCGCGUUGUAAUAUACAGAUCUGUAUGAGACGACACACUGCUUGCGUGACGUGUGCGUGGCCAUUAGCGGACGCGCGCGUGCACGUCUACUCACUCAGCCGGUGUGCUCUGGCCUUUAGGGCGAUUAUAUCUGGCGCAAACUGUGUGUGCUAACCUUUAAAGUUAGAGCGGGAUAGCUGUACUUGACUGUUCGUUUGUAUUAUGUCUGAUGCCCAAUAAAAUGUCUGACCCUACCGCGAACCGCGUUCGACGUGUUGACUCCCUGUCACACUUACGUACGAAUUUACAAGUGUGACAGAGAGGCAACACGGCGAACGUGAUUCGCGGUAGGCCCUCUUGAGUGGUCAGGCCAUAUUAGCGAUAUUGCUCUGAUAUUUUAUGAGCCAGAGCGCAACGCAGUUUGUGAUAGGUAUAACCUUUAUUUUAUUUGCCAAAUAGAUAUUUUAUUUUGACUUUUGUAAAAAAAACACUUUUCCAACAAAAAUGCAAUUCGAUGGAUUUGUGUUAAUUAUGCAAGGAAUCAUUGUAACUACUCAUAAGUAUAUUUAAUAUAUUUAAUAGGUGUCUCCAUUAAGUAAGGUGUAUCUAAGUAAGUUUUUAUCGAUAUAAUGUCAUUAUAUCACCGUCUCACUUGCACACUCGCGUCGGUGGUGACCGAGCGAGUGUGCGAGCGGGACAAAAUAUCAUGUCCAUUAGGGGAAUGAUGUAAAGGAUUUUUUGAUAUUUUACUAUGAAUCGAAAAAUACAUAGAGCCUACCUGUCUUCUAAUUUAUUUUUCUAGAAAUUAUCGUUUUUUCUGAGAUCUCACGAAGACAAAAACGCUUCUUUAUUUAAAAAAAAACUUCCCCUAAUGUUUUUUUCGAAAACGCAAUUACGGUUAAAAAAAGGCAAUUCGAUGUAAAUAUUGUACAUUCGUUCAUUUUACGUGUUUUAUUUUCGUAAUUUAUUUAUUGAGAUAUUUUUUAUGAGAGAGUUUUUAAUGUGGAUAUUUUUGUUACUUCUUAUUUUCAUUUUACGUAUUUUGUAAUGCUGUAAUUCGAUGGAACCUGUGCCAUUUUUUUUAGAAGCGCAAACCCAAAACACACAUACUGCAUUUUAAAGUGCAUUAUCGCAAUUGCAAUGCAGUGUCGGUCGGUCUGUAGAUAUUUUCCGGGAGUUGUGAAUUUUGUAUGGUUGCGUUCGUCCGUUUCGUGUAGGAUCAUUAAUGUUCUUAGUAGAAUCAAUGUACGCUUGGCCGACUGAAGCCUCAUUGCCUGAGUUCUGAUUAUGAUGAUGGGAAACCAAAGAAACUUGGGUAUAGACGUUUCCAUUCCUCCAUUAUGCCAAUAGGCGUAAACGAAAUCAUUCCAUAUUUAGAGUAUUAAAAUAACUGUUUAAUCCCUAUUUUAACUGCCAAUUUGGCCUAUUCGUACGAGAAAUAAAAUUUUACUAAAACGACACUAAUAUUUAGGUAAUAAAUGUAUCAUUUUAGUGGUAACAUUUUUAUGGAAAAUCUCCUGUUAAGUUCUCAAACAAAAUGGAUCUUCAGAACACAUAAUAAACAAUCACGAUUGAUGAGUUAUCAUAUCACAGGCCACCCGAAAUUCU